AUGUUUGCCUUACAACAGGUUUUAAGGACGUCAAGGAGAGGUUAUGCUGUAGCAGCUCAGCAAGGUGCAAAGAAAUCAAGGUUUGACAAUAAAGCAUUGAAGCCGAUGAUCCUGCUACUAAUAUUUGGCUCAGUAUUGACUAGCGUCACCGCUCAACAACAGAAGCAUGCAGAUAUGGUUAGAAGAUACGAAAUGAAGAUUGGUAUUUUGGAGGAAUUAAUAGAGAGAUCUAAGAAAGGCGAUUUUAAUUACAAUGCAGAGAAAGAGCUCGAGUUAGUGAACAAGUUGUUUGCUCGUCAUGAAAAGGGUAAUUCUGUUAGCAUAGAUGAGGAGGCGAAAUUAAUUCGUGAACAGGCAGAAAAGGAAAAACUGAAUCGUGAGAAGGUAAUAAACAGCAUGAACUCGAAGCUUGAGGAAGAGUCUUUCGAGAGCAUUUUUAAGGAUAUAAUGAAGGAGGUCGACCAGCCCAUCGACCAAGUAUCCGUUGCUCCUAAGAAGCUGGAUGCGGGAUCUAUGAAGGAAGGCUCAGAUGAUAUUAUUGUUGACAAGGAAUGGUUAGAGUAUGAAAACAAGAGAGAGAAAAAGAGCUUGGAAUUUAAACCUUCCACCGAAAAGCACGUCAUCGUCGAGAACGCCGGUGAUUACUCUACAGCAGCAGCACAAGAUACUGAAGUUAAGAGAUUUUUGUAA